AUAAUUUAUUUUUUAAAUUAAUUUUUUUGUUUAAAAUAUUUCCCUCUCUCUCUCUCUCUCUCUCCCAUCCUUCCUUUCCAAUUGUGCUCUCGAUGAUGAAGCAUCUUAUACGAUGAUGAAGCGCCACAUAUAAAAAAUAGAAAUAUUUAUUCUCGGGUGGCACAAUGGAAAGGCCCAUUCCUGAGUACAUUGCACCUACCCCCUGACAUUUCUGGCUCGCUGAGGCCGAGAGACUCCGCCUUCUGGCAUCGAAGAAGAGGGCAGAAGAUUCAUGCAGCUUCCCAUUGCCGUAUAGCACCGACAGCGUGGGUGCCUGUGUAGGAGGAUCCUCGGAGAGACCCUCCUCUCUUCUGCGUCCCUCCCGUCCGCGUCGCUCACGUCUUCCGUCCUUUUCUCCGAGGGUUCUCCAAGCCCGAAGCCGCCAAGAGCGGAGCCAAGAGAGAAGCAAGGGAGUAAGCGAAUGAUGUCGCGAUGAUAAGCAGCGGGGUAGUCGCCUCGGUAGUCGCGCAACUUGUUUCCGAUUCAAGCGGAUUUCGCGCGAGAAGCGCUUGGCGCGGCUUUGACCGUCCUUGUCAACGUCCGGACACGGAGGUGAGGACAAGUCCUGUUGACGCGCAGACCGUGAGCCGUAAGCGCGGUCUCUCGCGGUUGUCUCUCCUCGAGGGACGGGAUUGGUACCCGCUGAAAUCACGCUCGGAUCUUCUUUCAAUGGGAAGCCGCCGCUGAAGAAAUCCCCUUGCUUCCUUACAUUACCCGCGACGACGUUAAUAACGACAGGGUGAGGCAAGGGAGGGGAACAGAGGGGAGACUUGACUGCCGACGAAAAGCCGGAUAUGUCGCUGUCAACGAUCAUCGAUCGUCACUUACACGUACUAUCGCCGAUUAUUCACCAACAAUGAUUUUUAGUAAAGUGUCCAUCUUCUUGCUCCAAAAAAUAUCGUACGUGCACACCAUCGAGUGGGAUUCGAUCGACCUACCAAGGAUACUACGACGAUGAGAAUAAUCCGCAAGUGCGUACGGUGCCGUUUCUUAUUGUUAAAUCUUUCGUUGCAUUGGAAAUGUCGAGGUUUCGUGCGCAAUAGGCCGCGUCAAGCUGAAAGAAAUUUCGCGCCAUGGAUUACAAAUUUCACGCGGAUAAUUUAUUUUUAUCUUUUGUAUCGAUACUAUAAUAAUUGACAUUGAUCUCAUCAAUCUGACGAUGCACUCGCAACACGAGCAACGACGGGAAAUCACCGCCGAUUGCUGCUACCAGCAAUGGUCGGCACAUCAUUAUCACCAUCACCAUCAGCAGCAGCAGCAGCAGCAGCAGCAGCAGCAGCAGCAGCAGCAGCAGCAGCAGCAGCACCAGCAGCAGCAGCAGCAAGAGCAUCACCACCACCACCACCACCACCACCAUCAUCAGCAUCAGCAUUUGUCCGCUGUACCAUCGCCGAUGCAACAAAUGGAAGCCUGUUUGCAAAGCGCCGGACGAGUAAAAAGAUCCCGCAGUCCGAAUCGUCUGAUAAAGGCUUGCGAUAUGUUGCCGAUGCACUCGGUGACGAAUUCAGCGGCGAAUCCGACUUCUCCGUCUGGCACGAUGGAAUCGCGCAACGACAACAACAACAAUAGCAGUCAUCACGGUGACCAUCAUCAUCAUCAUCCGGCGGGUGCGAGCGAGAACGGCGGAUCUUCCUCCGCCGCUGCUGGCGCCGAGGAGUCGCCGAGCGCGGCAAAACGGCCGCUCCAUCCGGCGCUGCUUGGUGCCGGUGCCGCUCUGGAGGCGAAACCGCUCUGGGAGGAAUUCCAUCAGCUGGGCACCGAAAUGAUCGUUACAAAAGCCGGACGAAGAAUGUUUCCUACUUUUCAGUGUCGACUGUUCGGCUUGGAUCCCAAUACGGAAUAUCUGAUGGUGAUGGAUUUCGUCCCGUGCGACGACAAGAGAUAUCGAUAUGCUUUCCAUAGUAGCGCCUGGGUCGUAGCGGGUCGCGCCGAUCCCGUCUCACCUCCCAGGAUCCACGUGCAUCCCGAUAGUCCUGCGAGUGGCGCUCAUUGGAUGAAGCAGCCAAUUUCCUUCGACAAGCUGAAGCUGACCAACAAUCAGCUUGACGAUAACGGACACAUUAUCCUGAACUCGAUGCACCGCUAUCAGCCACGUUGUCACGUGGUGGUCGCUCCCUCGCCACCGGGCUCGGCUCCGGAUCCUCGCACGGAAAACUUCAAGACGUUUUCCUUCUCGGAGACCAGGUUCACCGCGGUGACUGCGUAUCAGAAUCAUCGGAUAACGCAGCUGAAGAUUGCCAGUAACCCGUUUGCCAAGGGCUUCCGGGAUUGCGAGUCAGACGAGUGCGACGGCGUGGCAGCCGUCGGUGGGAUGUCGAAUCCCACCAAGAGGCCGGCCACAGGAGUCGCCGGAAGUGCCGCGAGUACCACGAGUGCCGCCGUCCUCCCGUCGCCCUCUAGUUACAACGCGAUCCCAGUACCGAUGCAAAUUCCGGGUGUAUCUGCCAUCUCUCAGGAACAUCAUCAGUUCUACGGUGCAACGGGGACAACGGCAGGUACCCAUUGGACGCAUUAUCCGAGCCAUCAUGGACCGUCGUCGAUUCAUUAUCCGACGCAACAUCCGCAUUCGGGCACCGCGUCUCUUUACGGUCCACGAUAAUCGAUUGCUGCGCGAUCCCCCCCCCCUCUCUCUCUCUCUUUCUGUCUCUCUAUGAUCGAAUGUCAAUGACCGCCAAUCAUCAUCUCGAGUUUCCUCGUUUCUAGAAAACUUUCCUUUUAUAUACGUUUUAGAACGAUAGAGACCGAAAUGUGAAACGUAAACGUUCACGUUCCAAUGCUUCUUGAGCGCCGAACGCGAACAAAUUUUUAUGUCUAUGCGCGGUCCGUGGAGCGCAAGAAUCUCUCGAUCAUCAUUGCACAAUUCCAGCUUUUUACGAAGAAAUAUGCUAAUGAUUUUAAAUACAUAUAUUAAAAACGCCUUUCUUUUAAUUCGUUCCGUGUCGUUUCGUUUCGAAUCUCUUACGAAUAACACGACUUUUUGUCGCGUUUAAAAAACAGUGGGCUAUCAAAAGAUAUUCCCAUUGUUCGCGACCGACUUUCUAUUGCGAUCAAAGGGAUUGGCUCGUGUAAAUUUAUUUCAAUUAAAAAGUGAAAAUUUUUAGCGCAUAUCUAUAUUUAUGUAUAUUUUUGUAUACAACGAUCUAGUUUUUGAUUUAAGGAUAUUUAAUCAAAGGAUUGUAAGCAUAAGAUAACAAUUGAUAAAUCUAUACGUACACACACACACACACACACACACACACACACACACACACGUGAUCGCGCGAGAAAGAGAGAUAGGAUACUAAUUAAGCGAGAGUAAUAAGUUAGCGAUACGCGCAUACCAAUGGUGAUAUAUACUGAUGAUACUUUUAUCAAGUGCUGACGUAUCUGUGCGUAUGAUAUUAAAAUGUUAUCAACAAAGGCAACUUUAAAACAUGUGAUCUAUAACGCAAAUCUCUCUUUUUUCGCAAAUCAACUUUGAUGAGUUUUCUCGUAAAUUUUUUUAAGCUUGUUGGAAUUAAAUUGUGCGUAAGAAACGAUUCGACCGAUCGAAGUUACUGAGAAAGUUGCGGAAGAUCGUGGGGGGAGUAAGUGCCUUUUGUAGGAGCAAAGUGCGUCUAUUUAUACUAGGUGUCUCAAAUGCCGAACGAGCUUAAAACGUUCUCGAGCCAAGACGGGAAAGUAAACGCGCCGUGACACUUGGUGAGAGUAACGUGGUUACUAAGUGCCUUAAUAAAUUAUAUCGCUCGGGUAUCGCGUACCAAUGUGCCUUUAACUUUUUAAGAGUCUUCAUUUGGCAUACUGUAGCAUUGGUGCGAGAGCCGCGUUUUAUGGUCAAACGAAGAAUAAACGGUCGAAUAACAUAAAACACGCACAAUUUAUUUCUCCCGUGAAUAAAAUUCUUCUGCCACUUUCUUCCUUUCCUACGAAAUCGCAUCCAUAUUUUGCUUCAGAAAGUAAACGCGAUUCUCCAUUCUUUGUGAUUCGCGUUAAAUUUUUAAUUAUAUUAAUUAUUAUUUAAUCACGUGUAUGCACUAUAGUAUAAAAUCUUGUUACGCGUAUAUAUAUUUAUAACGUCAAAAUUUUGUACUAUUUUGUGACAAAGAAACGUAUCUUUUACACUUUUUAUUAUUUAUAAUAACAAAAAUAUAUUAAUGAUAGAAAUGUGCCUGCACGAACGUAGCAUUCGAUAAGAAGGUUCGUUUCAUGCUUAAUAGAGAGAAAAUUUAUUUAUUGGAUUUACUUCUUGAACUUGUCUGAGCUUUUUUUCCGUGAGAGUCAUCUGAUUUUUUAGAAUAUCGUGUAUUUAUUAUCGUGUAUGAUUGCACCCCAUGCAGCCGAUCGCCAAGUUACCUAAAAUUAAAUUAACAAUUCAAAUCGACAACGAUACGAUAUUUAUUUGUCGAUCAUGCGAAGCCACGGUUUGACAUCGCGACUGUCGCGGAAAUGACGAGCUAGUCGCAACGAAGCGAGAUAAGUUAUAUGGGGAGAAGGGACGAGAGAACCUCGAGCGCGUCUGUUGAAACCUCCACGGGAUUCACGAAAAUGACGGAGGAGACCGACUCGACGUUCGCCGUGAUUGAUGGCUAUGCGAGGAACAACGCUGUGUAAACAUAUUACAAGCGUAUGCUUAAUGAUCGUCGGUGGCUACAUUCUUCCGGUCUAGCUAAACGUUUCGCACUCGUUUGUAUUUUCAAAAAUGUCCCCACGCCCCUGGAGAGACGACCUACGUCGUCUAUGUUCUCACCAGUAUGUUCUGCUAUAUUUUAAUUUGCACUUGACUUGUUUUAUAUCAUCUAAGCGGCGCGAUGUCUGUCUAUUACUCUAUUAUUGAAAGUUAACCUAUCGUUUUUGUGUAAGUGAUGACGAAUGUGUAAUUUGCAGAAUAUGAUUUUCAGGAAAGUAGUAUACCAAUGUAAAAAAAAAGAUAUGUGAAUAAAAAGGCGUGUACCUC